GUCUUCAAUAAGUUUAAAUUUUUCUUGUUAAACAUGGAAUUACAAAGUUAAUCUUGACUGUAUUUUAGGAAUGUAAAUGAUAUCCUACAGUAUUUUACUUGAAAUAUUUGAAUUGUAUUUCAGAACAAAAUGACUUAUAAAAAUGUUCCAGGUUGUGAACAUUAUGUCAAUUAAACUAAUUCCACCUUUUCACAGUAGUGAGGCAUAAAACUAAAAUUAAACUUUUCCAGUAUAUAUUUUGAUUAGGAAUUUUGUCUUUCUACAUUGGUGUCUCGCUUGUCAUGUGUCUGGUAGUGACUGGUAACUAUUUUAAAGGAAAGUCAAAACUUCCACUUAAUAGUUGAAAGAGUAGCUCCACAAGAUUUCACAUUAAGAUUUCUCUGACAAAUUGGUGAAAUAUAAUUUGAUAACACUUUUUAGUUGGAGACAGAGCAUACUUUGAGUUACAGGACUUUGCCCUUUUAAUUCCAGUGAAUAACCGACUUCAUGGAAAUGCUUUUACAAUGUCCAGUAAGUAGUCAAUUGUUUUUGUUUUGACACCAUCUGUAGGGAGUCUUAGCUUCUGAAGAUUUACUUUCAUUCCUUUUCUUAGUCUGGUAACUUUUAUCUCUAGGGCUGCCUUUUAUGGUGAGGAACCUGGCCUGUGAUUUUCAGGAUGAUUGUUGAUUAGCUAUCCUUGACCAUCACAACUCUCUUUUAUUUUCGAAGUAAAUGCACAGUUUAACACAUAACUAUACAACCUGACAUUCUCAACACCUUCCUGGCACUUUGGAGACUAGCAUUCUAACCACUAUAAGCGCAGAUAUUGUGACCAUUACCUCCUGAGUUUAAAGUCCUAACCUCUUCCUAAUAAAAUUCCACAUUUGUUUGAUCUUUAGCAUUCCCCGUCACCCAGUCCUGCUGUCAAAUAAACUUCAGAACCAUCUUGUGGCCCCUUCAUUUUACCGUCAAUCUUAGACACCAUGCCAAAUGACAUCAAUAUUUAAAUUUCAUGUUAUUUACAACUGAGGGCUAACGUUUUGAAUUCGGAUAUACUGUGGCAGUAUUUACUUUUUAAAAUUGGAAUUAGUAUGAUUUAUUGAUUAAACACUACCCCAAUUCUUAUUAAUAUCCACCACAGUCUUGCAGCUCCCUCCUGUUCUGCAUUUCAAUAGGAAAUAAAAGCUUGAGUGGUUGGGAAAAUACAAAUGUAUUUCUCCAUUCAACUCACCAUUUUUUGUUUACAAAGGCCAUGUUUUGUCGUGUGUUGAAGUUAUCAUAGAAUUUCCACAAUUGCUUGAUCUCUGAUAUGACCACAGUCCUGUGGGAGGAUGCAUGACCUACAAGUACAAAUUCAGUAACUGUGUUUGUUCCAUACUCUUAUUGUCAAUAGAAAAAGGGUUGUUUAAUGAAGAAUUGGCUGACUUGUGAAUAAGUUUUAGAAGCAUCAAGGCUGGUGAACCUGCCAGCUGGAAUUUCAGUAAUGUUGAAAUUUGAAUCUGGAAGUUAAGGGGUAUCUCCAGCAGUUGAAGCUGUUUAAUUGGUAGUUUUGGUAAAUUGACAAAAUAAAAGUCAAUGGAGAGGAGGCAGAAAAUACUACUACUGAAGUACUACUUCAGUCCAUCCUCAUUCUAGUCAAUGUUAAUGCUGUAAAAUUGCCUCCUGUCUUAUCAAAUUAACCAAAUCUCUAACUAGAAUGUACAUCUUCAUUCAAAUCCAUUUGUGGAUCUUGUAAAGUAAUUCCAUGCAAGUUGUCAGAAUCUAGCCCAUUUUGUAGAAAUGGCAGAAUACUCUUGGUCUGCUCUUUUGCUUGUUAAUCCUCACAUAGUACUGUAAUGGAUAAUAAGGGCUGGCUAAUAACUGGAUAAUAAUUCUGUUCAAUCUCUAUAAUUUUAUCUUGCUGAACUUGUUUUUUAAACCCUAUUUAUACUGAGACAAAGAGGAAUAAAGUCAACAAGGUAUAGCAUCAGAAAGAGAAAUGCUUUUUGCGUAUCAUUUGAACCUUGGUUUGGACUUCAUCUCUGAACUUCACUCCGAUAACAUAUUUGACUGGAUUAAAAAAUGACAUUGCCUACCUUAAACUGAAAAGAGUACGAUUUGACCCAGGAUGAUGUCAAUUAUACCCUUUGCUAGUUGGACAUGGCCAAAGCAGUGUAUUCUAAGGCUGCAAGUUGAGGAUGUUACUGGGGGUGUCUUAAGCUGUAUUAGCUUUCUGAGGCUUUUAACAAAAUAGAUGUGAACCUUGGGUUCUGCCAAUGUGAGGAGUUUAAUUCAACUUGACUGUGUUUAUGGAACAAUGAUGAUUUGCACACUACAACAUAUUGAUGUAUUUUAUCAGAUAAGCUGACUUGUCAAUAAGGACCAAUUUGUCAACAGUUUGAAACGUGGAACUGUGGUUUUCCUGUCAGAUCGGGCAUUCUGGCGUAAUUGAGAACGGCAGCUCCCACUUCAUAACUGGCAACGUUGCCUGAAGUUACUUGUGUUUUCGAUGGAGAAGAUGGCACGAGUGACCACAGUCCUGAGUGGCUCAACCAUCACAGGCCGAACUAUGUUCUGCCACCUCGAUGCACCGGCCAACGCCAUUAGCGUAUGUAGGGACGCUGCUCAGGUAGUAGUGGCUGGUCGCAACAUCUUUAAAAUCUACUCCAUAGAAGAGGAACAGUUUGUGGAAAGGGCAAAUCUCCGAGUUGGGCGUAAGCUGUCCCUGAAUUUCAGCUGUGCUGAUGUGGUGUGGCAUCAGAUGGAUGAUAAUUUACUGGCAACAGCAGCCACAAAUGGAGCCGUGGUCACCUGGAAUCUGGGCAAACCAUCUCGCAACAAACAGGAUCAGCUUUUCACUGAGCACAAACGCACUGUCAAUAAGGUCUGCUUCCACCCGAACGAGGUCAACAUGCUGCUGAGUGGUUCUCAGGAUGGCUACAUGAAGUGCUUCGAUCUUCGGAAGAGGGAAUCUGUGAGCACCUUCUCUGGUCAGUCAGAAAGUGUCCGGGAUGUCCAGUUCAGUAUAAAAGACUAUUUCGCAUUUGCUGCUUCAUUUGAAAAUGGUAAUGUUCAGCUCUGGGACAUAAGACGGCCAGAUAGAUAUGAGCGCAUGUUUACAGCACAUAAUGGACCUGUCUUCUGCUGUGACUGGCACCCAGAUGAUAGAGGAUGGUUAGCAACUGGAGGACGAGAUAAAAUGGUGAAAGUAUGGGACCUGUCAACAACCAGAACCAAAGAGGUCUAUUGUGUCCAGACUAUUGCCUCAGUAGCACGGGUGAAAUGGCGACCAGAAAUGAAGUACCAUCUAGCAACCUGCUCCAUGAUGGUAGAUCACAACAUUUACGUCUGGGAUAUCCGACGCCCGUACAUCCCAUUUGGAAUGUUUGAGGAGCACAAGGAUGUGACCACAGGAAUUAUAUGGCGUCAUAUUCAUGAUCCUUAUUACCUUCUUUCUGGAUCGAAAGACAGUACUCUGUACCAACACAUGUUUAAAGAUGCCAGCCGACCUGUUGAUCGUGCCAACCCUGAAGGGCUGUGCUAUGGGCUGUUUGGAGACUUGGCUUUUGCAGGGAAAGAUAGCAUGUUUACCAGUGACUCAAAUCGGAAAACCUACGGAGGCGAGAGACGCUAUCCCAUUUUUUUCUUCAAGAAGCCGGAUUUAUCAGAGCAAUUUGCAAAUGUGUCCAGUUCUCUGAAUGUGUUUGAAAUGGAAGGGGGCAGCAACUCCGUGGACUGGUUUGUCAACAUGGCACAACAGUACAUGCUGACUGGUCGGUCGCUGGCUGAGCUCUGUGAUCAUAAUGCCAAAAUCGCGAAAGAAUUAUAUCGUUAUCAGGUGGCUCAGACAUGGACAAUGCUGAGGAUCGUCUACUCCAACCCAGGUGCUAUCUCAUCAGUCAACUUGAAUCAAAGUAUAGGCAAGAGCGGAGGCUUGCCUCUUAUGAACAGUCUGAAGGAGCUAUCCGUAGCACUUAACAAUGAGCCGAGGUUGGAGCGAGGGAAGGCAGAAAAUUGGCAAGAAAUGAAUCACAUGCAUUCCUCAAACCCUUUGAUCACUGCAAAUGAAGAGAAUGAGGAGACAGAAGGUAGUGAUGUGCCGGCUGAUUACCUGUUUGGGGAUGUGGAAGGAGAUGAAGAUGACCUCUACAUGGUGGACCAUGAAAAUGCGCCUGCAGAGGAACAGGAGUACAUUUUGCCUCAGGAAGCAUUUCAACUGCGUCAUGAAAUUAUAGAUAAUCCUUCUGCUCCAGACCAUCUUCAGGACAAAGUGGAAUCUCCACAUGUCAGUGGGAAUGAAGCGGAGACUGUAUGUUUGACUCCAAUUGAAUCCUUCUCCCUCAUGUCAAUCUCCCAGCCCCUGUAUGAUGCCUAUCUGCCUGCUGAUUAUUUUAAUUCUCUUGUGAAAGACAUGCUACAUUACUAUGCAGAACAGGGAGAUGUGCAGAUGGCUGUAUCGGUUCUCAUCGUACUCGGGGACCGUAUACGGAAAGAAAUUGAUGAACAGACACAGGAACAUUGGUACACAUCAUAUAUUGACCUUUUGCAGCGAUUCAAAUUAUGGAAUGUCUCAAAUGAGGUGAUCAAAUUGAGCACGUGCAGCUCUAUCAACUGUUUUAACCAGGCAUCAACCAGUCUUCAUAUCAACUGCAGCAAUUGCAAACGACCAAUGAGCAGCAAAGGCUGGGUCUGUGAUAGAUGCCGCCAGUGUGCUAGCAUGUGUGCUGUGUGCCACCAAGUUGUUAAAGGGCUGUUUGUUUGGUGCCAAGGAUGUAGUCAUGGUGGGCACUUACAACACAUCAUGAAUUGGUUAAGGACUAGUUCACAUUGCCCAGCUGGAUGUGGCCACCUCUGUGAAUAUACCUGAAAAAGAGUGACUGGAUUUCAUUGUUCACUGGAUGUGGACAACACUACAACUUCAAACAAAAUCAUUUUAAAAGAAUGCUUCAGAUACAAAGAAAUGGCUUAAAUUGGGGACAGUGAAAGUCAACUGAUCCACCAUUUAAAAGUUAGCUGUGAAAUCUUUGUUACAGUUUUGUCUCCUUUCACCUGUUCUUUUUGAAGUGGUAUCAGCAAGAACGAAUUUUAAAAAGGGCCUUUGGAAUGUAUCUUAUUGGAUGAAGGCUUGCUUUCCAGUCACUGAUAAUAUAGUACUGAAAUGUGCCUCAAAGCAACACACUAAUGUAGAAAGCUGCUUUGUAAAAACAACUGGAACAGAUCCCAUAUUGAUAUGAGCAGGUGUGAAACCGUUUUAUCAUAAACAUGAUGACUGGGCCUGUUGUCUUAUCUGCAUACGCACAAAUUAAUGCAGCUGAAGUUAUAGUCAGGCUCAAGAAAAAUGUUUACAAUCUCGGUAGGUUAAUUUGGGUAGUCAAUAUCACUUAAUGCUGAAAGAAUAACUACAGAAGCGGGUCAUUCGGUGCCUUCUGCAUACUGAGUGUCUUGUCCAUAAAACUGCUCUAUCAAGUCUGUUUCCCUUGCCCAGAGCAGGUAGAGAACUCAAGAAUCCCCUCCAAUUCUGUGGGAUUGUCAGCAUUAGGUCCAAUAGAUUAGAAACUUCAACAUUGCAUGAAGUGAAGAAUGCCCUGAUCUAGAGUUAGUAGACAUAAAGAAUUGGCAAAGAAUGCAUCAAAUUUAGUUAUAAAACAUCCAUUAGCUGUUUUAAAAUUUACAAUUCCCUCGUGUAGGAGCCUCAGCAGCAUUCCAGCUAUAUUGCCUCAAUUAAAGUAAUACCCUAGAUAGAUGGGGUCAACAAGCAAUUUCAGUUCAGCCACAUUCUACUAGUCUUCAAUUGAGACAUUGCUACAUAUAAAACUGACUGCCUCAUUAGUCUGUUUUCCAGGUUAUAUGCUGCAUUCUCAGCAAAUGUCACAUUUUAGUUCAUCUACAAUUGCACUAGGAUGCAAUGGAAUUUUAAUAAAACAAAACUUAUUUCUUGGCUAUAAUCUCUAGCAAAGAAAUAGUCUAGCCUCAUUUAUGUAGGUAUUUCAAUGGUUUUCCAUUAGGUUUUAAUUUUGUUGAGAAUACUUAAGAAAACAUUGUCUUUGAGUUAUAUUCCAUACAUAAAGAAAACCUCAUGAUCCAUAGCUAGGUGUACAAUUUUUGAUGAAUUAUAAUCGAGACUUUAACACAAAAUGAAAGUUAAAUGAACUUCUGCAUGUUAUUGGAGAUUGAAAUUGUGAGAGGACUGAAGGUUGUCAGAAAAUUAAUUUACAGUCAUCUUACACUUGUAUUAUAAAUAUCUUUGUUAUAUUUCUUAAGACUAGAGUACUUUUAAAAAUAUUUAUAACAGAGUUUAUUUUACAUUGAAUUCUGAAUCCUGCUAGAACUAUUAGUGUACUCCUGCAAAAGUGCUUAAAAUAAACCUUGGUUGCAAUAGUUUCUCAUUAUUUAAUUCAUUCUCCAGUCCAGCACAUGAUUUUCCUCAUAUUAUAAUGUAUUUGAUAAUGUCAUUCUCUCAGGUUGAUGUAAAUAAAGCUAUUCAAUCAUCGGC